AUGGAUGAAUUUUUUACUAAACUUGAAUAUUAUGACCCCCAAACAUAUGUAAUAAAAUUUUUGAAAAGAGCUGUAGGUUUACAAGGAAAAUCUAAAUAAAAAGAAGAAAAAUAACCUUAAUAAGAUGAAUAAGUUUCUACGAUAAAUUUCGAAAAAGUUGAAGAAGCAAAGGAUUUUUAAAAUAUACGUGAAUUCGAAUCUACUGAAUUAGGAAACAAACUUAGAAAAGAUUAUAUUGAAUAAAAAUAUAAAUAAGCAGAAAUCAAUAAAUAAAGGAUGAAAGAAGUUCAUUAAUUAAUGCCAUAUAAAGAAUAUGUCAAACAUUAUUAUAAAUUACAUCCCGAAUUAGUUGAAGAGAUAAAAGAAGCUCGAAAAAUAACAUGGCAAGAAAUGCACGAGAUGUAUUUAGAAGAAUAUGCACAAACACAAAAAAGAAUAGAUUUAUAUAAAGAAAAAGGUUACCCAUGGUACAGUUUUUUAAAAUUUUGGACAUAUUUUUAUGAUGAUGAUGAAGAUGAUAAAAUUAGUUUUUCCAAAGCUGCUAAAUGGGAUGAAGAUAUGCCAAAAAAAUUUGUUCUUCCAGAAGAUUAAAAAUAUGGUGGAGAUGAUGACAAACGUGAUUUAUAAGGAGUUUAAAAUCCAAAAUUAAGAAGAGUACUAUUUUAAGAAACUUGGGACGAAUUUGAUCCUAUUUACUUUACUUUUGUAAGAACUGGUAUUCCUGAACGAGAUAAUUUUUUCACAAAAAUGGAAAAUUAUUAAAUGUACCAUAGUACUUAUACAUGGUUUAAUUGGACUUUAAUUCUAAUGAUGCCUGGUUUAAUUGGUAUGGCUGCUGCAAGAUAGCUUCCUAAACUUAUUGGAAGUGGUACUUUAACAAGAUUGAUUUAAACUAAAUUAUAAUUUAGAGGUGGCUUUCUACCUGAAAUGACAAGAAGAGAAGCUGGUCUUAUUUUAAAUGUUAAGUAAAAUGCUACACCUGACGAAAUUAGAAAUAGACAUAGAAAGCUUAUGAUUACUAAUCAUCCAGAUAAUAAGGGUUCUGCUUUAAUUGCAUCAAAAAUUAAUUAAGCAAAAGAAUUGUUAUUAGGAGAAAAUAAUUGA